UCCGCCUCCCUUCCCCCUCCCCGCCCAGCAGCGGUCGCUCGGGCCCGGCUCUCGGUUAUAAGAUGGCGGCGCUGAGCGGCGGUGGCGGCGCGGAGCAGGGCCAGGCUCUGUUCAACGGGGACAUGGAGCCCGAGGCCGGCGCUGCGGCCUCUUCGGCUGCGGACCCUGCCAUUCCCGAGGAGGUGUGGAAUAUCAAACAAAUGAUUAAGUUGACACAGGAACAUAUAGAGGCCCUAUUGGACAAAUUUGGUGGGGAGCAUAAUCCACCAUCAAUAUAUCUGGAGGCCUAUGAAGAAUACACCAGCAAGCUAGAUGCCCUCCAACAAAGAGAACAACAGUUAUUGGAAUCCCUGGGGAAUGGAACUGAUUUUUCUGUUUCUAGCUCUGCAUCAACGGACACCGUUACAUCUUCUUCCUCUUCUAGCCUUUCAGUGCUGCCUUCAUCUCUUUCAGUUUUUCAAAACCCCACAGAUGUGUCACGGAGCAACCCCAAGUCACCACAAAAACCUAUCGUUAGAGUCUUCCUGCCCAAUAAACAGAGGACAGUGGUACCUGCAAGGUGUGGAGUUACAGUUCGGGACAGUCUAAAGAAAGCACUGAUGAUGAGAGGUCUAAUCCCAGAGUGCUGUGCUGUUUACAGAAUUCAGGAUGGAGAGAAGAAACCAAUUGGCUGGGAUACUGAUAUUUCCUGGCUUACCGGAGAGGAAUUGCAUGUAGAAGUGUUGGAGAAUGUUCCACUUACAACACACAACUUUGUACGGAAAACUUUUUUCACCUUAGCAUUUUGUGACUUCUGUCGAAAGCUGCUUUUCCAGGGGUUCCGCUGUCAAACAUGUGGUUAUAAAUUUCACCAGCGUUGUAGUACAGAGGUUCCACUGAUGUGUGUUAAUUAUGACCAACUUGAUUUGCUGUUUGUCUCCAAGUUCUUUGAACACCACCCAAUACCACAGGAGGAGGCCUCCUUAGCAGAGACUGCCCUUACGUCUGGGUCAUCCUCGUCUGCACCCCCCUCCGAUUCUAUUGGGCCCCCAAUUCUCACCAGUCCGUCUCCUUCAAAAUCCAUUCCAAUUCCACAGCCUUUCCGACCAGCAGAUGAAGAUCAUCGAAAUCAGUUUGGACAACGAGACCGGUCCUCGUCAGCUCCAAAUGUGCAUAUAAACACAAUAGAACCCGUCAAUAUUGAUGACUUGAUUAGAGACCAAGGGUUUCGUAGUGAUGGAGCCCCUUUGAACCAGCUGAUGCGCUGUCUUCGGAAAUACCAAUCCCGGACUCCCAGUCCCCUCCUACAUUCUGUCCCCAGUGAAAUAGUGUUUGAUUUUGAGCCUGGCCCAGUGUUCAGAGGAUCCACCACAGGUUUGUCUGCCACACCCCCUGCCUCAUUACCUGGCUCACUCACUAAUGUGAAAGCAUUACAGAAAUCUCCAGGACCUCAGCGAGAAAGGAAAUCAUCUUCAUCCUCAGAAGACAGAAAUCGAAUGAAAACACUUGGUAGACGGGAUUCAAGUGACGAUUGGGAGAUUCCUGAUGGGCAGAUCACGGUGGGACAAAGAAUUGGAUCCGGGUCGUUUGGGACAGUCUACAAGGGAAAGUGGCAUGGUGAUGUGGCAGUGAAAAUGUUGAAUGUGACAGCACCCACACCUCAGCAGUUACAGGCCUUCAAAAAUGAAGUAGGAGUACUCAGGAAAACUCGACAUGUGAAUAUCCUACUCUUCAUGGGUUAUUCAACAAAGCCACAACUGGCUAUUGUUACCCAGUGGUGUGAGGGCUCCAGCUUAUAUCAUCAUCUCCACAUCAUUGAGACCAAAUUCGAGAUGAUCAAACUUAUAGAUAUUGCACGGCAGACUGCACAGGGCAUGGAUUACUUACACGCCAAGUCAAUCAUCCACAGAGACCUCAAGAGUAAUAAUAUUUUUCUUCAUGAAGACCUCACAGUAAAAAUAGGUGACUUUGGUCUAGCCACAGUGAAAUCUCGAUGGAGUGGGUCCCAUCAGUUUGAACAAUUGUCUGGAUCCAUUUUGUGGAUGGCACCAGAAGUAAUCAGAAUGCAAGAUAAAAACCCAUAUAGCUUUCAAUCAGAUGUGUAUGCAUUUGGGAUUGUUCUGUAUGAAUUGAUGACUGGACAGUUACCUUAUUCAAACAUCAACAACAGAGACCAGAUAAUUUUUAUGGUGGGACGAGGAUAUCUGUCUCCAGAUCUCAGUAAGGUACGGAGUAACUGUCCAAAAGCCAUGAAGAGAUUAAUGGCAGAGUGCCUAAAAAAGAAAAGAGAUGAGAGACCACUCUUUCCCCAAAUUCUCGCCUCUAUUGAGCUGCUGGCCCGCUCAUUGCCAAAAAUUCACCGCAGUGCAUCAGAACCCUCCUUGAAUCGGGCUGGCUUCCAGACAGAGGAUUUUAGUCUGUAUGCUUGUGCUUCUCCAAAAACACCCAUCCAAGCAGGGGGAUAUGGAGAAUUUGCAGCCUUCAAGUAGCCACACCAUCAUGAGAGCAUCUACUCUUAUUUCUUAAGUCUUGUGUUCGUACAAUUUGUUAACAUCAAAACACCGUUCUGUUCCUCAAAUCUUUUUAAAGAUACAAAAUUUUCAAUGCAUAAGCUGGUGUGGAACAGAAUGGAAUUUCCCAUCCAACAAAAGAGGGAAGAAUGUUUUAGGAACCAGAAUUCUCUGCUGCCAGUGUUUCUUCAACACAAAUACCACGUGCAUACAAGU